AUGAGUCCUUCGUUGUCUGAGAAGCAAGGGUUUGCUCCGUCCUCAGCUCGCUUCAUUCGUUCUCUGAAAGGUGUUCGGCAUUGGUGGCCAUCUCGACCUCCGACGGAACCGAAUAUGUACGCCAAAGAAGCAGUCGCCAUGACCUUGACGGCCGAGUUUCGACCGAGAACCGAUCCUCACACCGUGACCUUGCUUCAUCCUGAUCUUCACUUUGUUCCGCAUGGCGGUCAUUUACUCAUGUUAUCCAACGAUGCCAAAGCUUUCGUACAUUACGAACCGAAACGCGCCCACGUCGCUAUGGGCACCAAUCCCGAUACCAAGUCGACCAAGUCGUUGUGGUUGACCGUGGAGGAAUACGCUUGGCUUAUCCAACAGUUACAGGAGGAACAAGGCGUUCAUGAAGCGCUCAAAUCAGCCAAUCACUCGACCUCAGCUUCCAUGCUUACCGCUUGGGGUUUGGGGUGUCCUAUGCUGACGCCCGCGCCCAUGUUGGGCGUGAUCAAUGCCCAGAUUUGUACUCGCACAUUGGCUCGCCGACUAGCGCGCUGGGUUCAACGAGCGAAACAACGUUCGGUCCCUGAUCUUUACCGUCAAUGUAUAUUCAUGUUGCCAAAAGCUCUUCUUCUCCAAGCCGCCGCCUACAUUCCCAUGACCAAACCUUUACCUUCGCUCGAUAUCCCUCUACCCAUUCGCCAUACUCUGAAAGCGCCAUUCUAUCCUUUGUCUUUGUCACUUCAUCAACGAUUAUCACGGUACUGCCAAUACAUCGCGUGUACAUCUCAUUCAUUCGUCAUCGACACCACAACGACUUCUUCAUUUGCAUCCAUGGACAUCAAUCAUGCGUUUCAUCCUCUAAUAUGCCGAGAAUGUCAUUACCAAUCGUGUUUGGAAUCCAUUCUGGAUCGAGGCAGUGCAAAUCAAGUGAUGGAUCCUACUUUCCCGGUAUCGCUUUUCCAGACCAUCUGGCAUCCAGCCUCUUCCAUGAUCUCCACCAGCGACCAACGAGGAUCGGCUUUUGAAACAUUACCGACUCAAUCGGGCCACUUGGCAGCGUCCAAGAAAUGUUUUUCAGCCAUCGAAUGCAGCAACGAGUCGAAUUUCUCAGACACAACGGUUUCAUCCAUCAUGCCUUCGGUGAUUCAAUCUGAAAAGCGUGGUUACAUAGCCAUUGAUCAUCAGCAUGAAGAGAUUGUGGUUGUGUUUCCAGGACUGUCGUCUUCUGAUGCAUUAUUCGAUCAUGCCUCGUUCAUGCCGGUGCCGUGGCAGGAGGCAGAUAUUAUCAAUAACAAUGAAGCCAUCAAUUACGCACCUUGGGUAUUGGAUUGUGCUCUUGCUGCUUGGCGUCGCUGUGAGCUUCAUGUGGCGACGUAUCUGAUGCGGGUGUGCCAAACCGUACCGAAUCAUUAUCGCGUUGUGAUUGUCGGUCAUUCGCUUGGAGGAGGUAUGUCUUGCGGGGAAAAAAGAAAAAGAAAAGGAAAGAGGGCAAGCAUGGUUUGCGGAUGGGAGCACGCGUGGGUUGAAAUGAUAACUGAUGCCUGA